GUUAGUGUUAGCCAAGGCAAGGAACAACUGCAGUCGACAACAGGACGAUUUAAAACACACGUUUGUCUAACAAGUCGCCAUCUAAUCGUCGUUAAUAAUGACGAGGUACCUGCGGCCACCGAAUUCCUCUCUCUUUGUGCGGAAUAUCUCCGACGAGUCCAGAAUGGUAAAGAUACAGUUCUGGAGUUCUGCCCGCCCCUCUCUCUCCCCAAAGAAAGAAAGAAACAGAAAGUAGUCGAGAGUAGAUUGAAGCCAAAGACCAGAAGCGCUAGAACGCACAGAGCAAAAGCAUGAAGAUGCACAGAGGAGACAGCCAAAGGGAGGAAAAGCAAAGUGUUUAUUGGCCAAAGACAAGCGGCGACUUCGUCUGCCAAGGCAUUAAAGAGCAAGCUCAAGGUCAAAGGUCAAGAGUGUUAAAGGUAACCAGACAAACUUUAUACGUCCGCGACGCCGAGGACGCCCUCCACAACCUGGACCGCAAGUGGGUGUGCGGGCGCCAGAUUGAGAUCCAGUUCGCCCAGGGAGACCGCAAGACUCCCAACCAGAUGAAGUCCAGGGAGCGACAUUCGCCACGCAGUUUCUAUGACGAUGACCGCCGCAGACGCUCACGGAGCCGCAGCUACGACCGCCGCAGGUCCCGCAGCCCCUCCUAUGAACGCCGACCCCGGCGGAGGUCCGAUAGCCCGAGAGACUCACGAUCCUACAGCCGACACAGGCGCAGCAGAAGCCGUGAAAAUGACAAGCACAGGAGCGCCACACACGACCGCCACAGGACCCAGCACGAAACGAGCUCCCGGAACCGCUCGGCAUCCCGCUCACCCUCUCCCACACCCUCCAAGUUGAGGCACAAGAGCAAAAAGAGCCGGUCCAGGUCGCACACCCCUGCCGAAGAGAUCCACCCCAGCCCCAGCGCCCACAAGCGCUCGUCUGGUCGAUCCCCGUCACGGUCCAUGUCCAGAUCUGUGUCCCGCUCACCUUCGCGCUCUCGGUCCUGGGCGGAAUGCAAGUCAGGAGGUCGGUAAGCUGCCCCAACCUCCAGAUAUUCGAAGUUAGGAUUCAAUUUCUCGUUUGAACAAGUUCUAGUCUCAGUUUACACUUCUUAAUCACGUUGGGCUGACACCUGUUUUAUGAUUCAUGCAGUUUUGUUGACAAUUUUUCAUGUUAUCACUGUUAAGUUGACCACUGUGCCCUUAACAGUGUUAGGAGGGGGUGUAGAUAUUAAUAGUCCUUAACAGUCAACCAAUGCUGAUGUAGCUUUUUUCUGUGUUGUAUACUCAACUACAUGUACUCAUCUGUUCAAUAAUUCAAUAAAGAAUUGACCUCUGCAAAUACACUUAA